AAAUGGAGGCUCAAAUGGCUGAAGUUGGCACUGAGUAUGUACUAAAAAACAUCCUUACAACUCGAAAAAUUGGUCCUCCAAUCCUUCCCAAGGGAGAGUUUGGAACUGGAUUCAAUCCUGAUACACCUGCUACCUUGCCCUCUUGGCUCACACAAGAGGAUCUUGCUUAUUAUGUCACCAAGUUUAAGAAAACGGGCUUCACUGGAGGGUUGAACUAUUAUAGAAACUUGAACUUAAAUUGGGAGCUGACAGCACCAUGGAGUGGAGUGCAAGUCAAGGUGCCAGUGAAGUUCAUCACAGGUGAGUUAGACAUGGUAUACACAUCACUGGGUGUUAAGGAGUAUAUCCAUAGUGGGGGUUUCAAGAAAGAUGUGCCAAAUUUGGAGGAAGUUGUUGUGCAAAAAGGGGUCGGUCACUUCAAUAAUCAAGAAGCAGCAGAUGAAAUUAGUAGCCACAUAUACGACUUCAUCCGAAAGUUCUGAUUUUAUCCACAACUAAAAUACAAUCUUGCUGCUGUUGUUGUCUUUGUUUCAAUACCUCAUCACAACAUAUUAGUGAUGCCUCUCCUAUUCAUAUUGUCUAUAAAGGCAAAAAGUACUACAUGGUGCCAACCUAUUCGUCUCUAUCAUUCAAGUUUAGCGCUGGAAAGAGGGAAUCA